AUGCGAGGGGUAACCCGUCCCCAGGUCACGGAAGGUCCCCUAGUUUCGGCGCGGCAAGGAAAGCGUCCUCAAAUCAGGGGCAUCACUGGGCUCCCACCCAGCAGGCCUCGCAAGGAAGAAAAAGUCAAAGUGGACACGGGUGACCUCCCUCGCCCCUUGAUCGCACCCGGUCCUGGGCACAUUUCCGGCUGCGUGAACUGCGGAGCAGACGUAUCCGCUUCCGCGUCGGCUCUCGCGGAAAGAGGUGGUGCGCGCUGCUGGCUGUGUGGGGGCAAGGUAACUUGCAGCCAGCAGACCCGACGGUGUCGAGCGGCCGCUCUAGUGUGCAUCUGGACCAGUACAGAUUCGUCAGCCCAACUAGUCUCUGAAUGUUCAUCCUCUGAGGUCGUGGUAUCGACACCCAAACAGGUUCCUCAAAGCAUGAACAAGGAGUGGAGAGAGCUGGAAGAAGAGUAUUCCAAGCUGGUCGGAGAAGAAUGUCGAUCACAGCGUGCCGAGUUGUCAUCCUUGCUGGGGGCCUACUUCCUGUCCGAGGCCUUUCAGCCAUCCGCGUACUGGGACAAGGCGCCUGCUCAGGGUAACCCUGAAGGAAUAAUGUACGUGGCGCUUAAAGAGUGGAGCGGGAUCUCAAGCAGAGAGGAGUCCCUUGUCAAAAACGCCGUCUCGGCAUCCUUGGAGACGCCGCUGGACAGGCCUAGGGACGUGCGAGCGGCUGAGAUAGUCGCUGUGCCUCUUGUGGAUAUUACAGCGAGGUCUGAUGGCGACUGGGGAGAUCUUACAGCCCACGGCAACGGCCCAACGGGCCAUGAGCUACUUCUUGCAUUGUUGUACAGGGUGAGGAAGGAGCGGGUUGGAUCGGCAACGGUCCUUGUAGUGUCUACGACACGAGGAGGUGGACGCCACAGGGAUGGCGCUAGACUCACGACAGGGGUCUUUGACAAGCACUCCGCCACGGCAGGCGACGUCCAGCGAGUGGUGAAGGAUGCUCGGUUGGUCGAGCUGGGGCCCCAUCGUGCAGGGGUCGCCCAAGUGGAGACCUGCCCGCCCCGGCUACCACGAGGCUGUCGCAAGGUGGAUCAUCGGGUCAAGGAUGUGGUGGAUGCUAGUAGCCCUUUAUGCUUGGCAUUCACGGCUGUGUAUGCCUUUGUGUACGAUAAGGGAACAUCGCAUACACUAGCAGCCCUCCUCCUCUUAGACAUGCUGAAGAACGAUCUAGGGGUCCCACUGUGGCUGUACCAGACCGGCGAUGACGUCAGACUGUCUGGGGCACUGGCCGCCGCGCCUAGCUGCCACUGGCUGCUCGUGGUCAGCAUGGGAUCGGUAGACGUUUUGUAUUCAGCUGGCGUUGCCCAGGCGGGCCAUUUCGCAAUAGUUGUGUCGCGUUCACGUGUGAGUCGCUGGAGCAUACGGCAGAAAGAUCACGGAGUCUGGAAGGCAAUUGUCGGGAGGGGAGUUUACACGGCUAGGUCGCUUUUCGUCGACGCGUGUUGUGGAGAUGGUAGGCUGGUCUCGGUAUCUUGGUUGAAGGUUGCCGAAGGGGACCUUUGGUUGACCAGAAAGACCGUAAUUGAGCACACCGAGAGGUGGCCGCCGCCCGUUGCCGUGCGUAAGGCCCAGGUCGUCGGAUAA